UACCUUCCUCGACCAAAACUCAACACCACCACAGCACACUGUGGUCACGGCAGAAUGAACCCUGCCAAAGGAAUGGAAGAGGUUAGUAAAAGUACCCGCCUUUUUGAGCCAUCCACACCCUUCCCCAACCCCCGGAAAGACAACAUGAUGUUAUUAUUCGACGAGCGUCCCGACAUGUCGGACAUUAACCCAUUCCCUACCAAGCCAUCCCCUCCAACUUCAUCCUCACUCCCAGCCAAAACAACCCGUGCGGCCGAGCUCGUGGCUCAAGGCAUAUGCAACAUGUUCAUGUCGCAGUUGCGUCAGACCAGCAGCGAAGCUCAUCAAAUGACCACCGACCACUUCACGAGCAAGGGACACGAUGAACCCUCAGUCAAUGAGUAUGACGUCCAGUUCGAGGAGAACUUGGCUCAGAUCCUACAACCCGAUGAACUAAGCUCCCUGGGCAUCCGAAAGCCUAUGUUGAUCAACAUUCGUAGCCUCAUCGGUAAGUCGUGA